AAAAGAAACCCUCCAAAAAUAGAUUAAGCGUGUAAAUCCUCUUUUAUGACAUCUAGUCUUCUAUAAGUAUUCUUUCCCUUUUCUUUCUUUCUCUCUCUCUCUCUUUUUAUUUUCAUUUCUUUUAAAUAAUGAACACUAUUUAUUCCCAACAACAACUUUAUAACACAGAUAAGAAUCCUGCUUUGAAUAAAACAUCGUCUUCUUAUUCACAACAGCAAACAUCCUAUAUGAAACAUAAACGUCCUUCUAUCAAAGAUCAAUUAUUAGAUGAUGAUGAUUCUUUAGCUAGUUCUAGUAGUGAUGAAUCUAUUAUAGACGAACCUCCAACAACGAACCAUGUCGAUUGUUAUCAUGUCAGUACUGAGCAUAAAUUCUGGCAAGCACAUUCCAGUAUGACUAUCAUUGCACCGCCUAUGGUAUCAUCUAAUAGCUAUCAUAGGUCAUCUUUUCCUAUGAAGAAGAAGCAACCUACCUUAGCUGUGCAAGUCAAGCAGAUCUUGGGAACUACUUUUGAUGAAACUGAUUCAGAAAUUGAAGCAGAAUGGAAUAAAAGUAGAACUAAAUUAAGUAGUGUCUUGAACAAUUGAUUGUAAAUGUACCAUAAUAAUAUGUAUUUAAACUAUUAAGUGUAACCAUUAAUAUUGCCUAAAUAAAUUUUUUACUAUAUUAAAAUCCAGGAGUAAGUCAUUAUUAUUAUUAUAAUAUUGAAAUCCUAAAUAAGCUACUAGUAACCUUUCUUUAUUAUUACGUACCUGACUCAAUAUAAUAACC